CAACUGUACCUCAGUUGACACACACGGAGCACACGCACGCAGAUAAACAGAGAUCAGCAGCAGCGCAGAAGCAAGACAUGACAUAAUAACACAGAAAGACAAAACGGGGAGAAGCCGCCGCACUGCGAGGCGGAGGAGCUCUGUAUCAGCUGCACAGGAAUGUCCUCCGUGCAGCCGUGAAGAGAAAAUGAAGCGCAAGAGCGAGCGCAGACGAGCCGAGUCGAGGAAAAAGCGCUGUGCAGCUCACAACAGCUCAGAGGCGGAGCCAAACUCUGAUAUUUACAUUGAGAUAACAGAUCAGCUAUAUUUCGCCAUACUUCAGCAAAAGAUCAAGAGUACAGCGGAACGACACUGUUUCUGCAUCGAUGAAGAACUGGCUUAUGAGAAUUUCUAUGCAGACUUUGGUCCCCUUAACCUGGCCAUGUUUUAUCGCUUCUGUUGCAAGCUGACAAAGAAGCUCAAGUCCAUUACACUCUCAAGGAAGAAGAUCAUAUUUUAUAGCUGUGGAGACCCAAAGAAACAAGUCAAUGCUGCCUAUCUAAUAGGCUCAUACGCUGUAAUGCAUCUAAACAUGAUGCCAGAGGAAGCCUAUAGUCUGCUUGUGUCAAGGAAUUCAACAUAUAUUCCAUUCAGAGAUGCUUCAUUUGGAACCUGCAUGUACAACCUGAACAUCCUAGAUUGCCUUCGUGCAGUUCACAAGGCUCUGCAAUACGGCUGGCUGGACUUCUCCAACUUUGACGUGGAAGAAUAUGAGCACUAUGAGAGAGCAGAAAAUGGAGACUUAAACUGGAUCAUUCCAGGAAAGUUCCUUGCAUUCAGUGGACCUCAUGCAAAAAGCAAAAUAGAGAAUGGGUAUCCCCUACACGCCCCUGAAGCCUACAUUCCUUACUUCAGGAAACACAACAUCACCACUAUCAUCCGCCUCAACAAGAAGAUGUAUGAUGCCAGGCGUUUUACCGACUCCGGCUUUGAACAUCACGACCUGUUCUUUGUGGAUGGGAGCACACCGAACGACUCCAUCGUCAGGAAGUUCCUCAGUGUCUGUGAGAAUGCAGAAGGAGCCAUUGCUGUCCACUGCAAAGCCGGACUGGGGAGGACUGGUACUCUGAUUGGCUGCUACAUGAUGAAACAUUACCGCCUGACUGCUGCAGAGGCCAUUGCCUGGAUACGGAUCUGCCGACCAGGGUCCAUCAUUGGGCCACAGCAGAACUUUGUCGAAGAGAAGCAGAACAGUCUGUGGGCAGAGGGAGACAUUUUCCAGGAGAAGAUGCUAAAUGAACGAGAGAAUGGCAAGAUGGCUGUAACCAGGAUUCUGUCUGGAGUGGAUGACAUAACCAUUAACGGAAGCAACAAGAACAGGUCGUCCAAGAAAGAAAAAAUGGAACUGUAUAAUGACGAAGAGGACAGAAAUGGCCUUACACAGGGUGAUAAACUGCGAGCCCUGAAGAGCAAGAGGCAGGCCAGAUCGACUUCAGAUUCACUAUCGCAGGUGUUAGUGUUCUGCUGCAGCCUUAUGGGUACGGUGUGGCCGGUGUGUUGCCUGCCAUUCAAAAGAUAGCAGACAGAGGCAGUGAAAGAGUGGGGGAAAAGGAAAAACAGAGAGGAUGUGAGGUUAUGUAUAAUAGAGGUAAGUGCACGCCACUUCCUUUUUAGCUGACAUCCUCCUUCCUGUAGAAAAAUGUUGCUAUGCCAGUGAAUGGUAUGGCUGAUUUGAAGUUGGUCUUUUUUCUUUCUUUCUUUCUUUCUUUCUUUCUUUCUUUUUUUUGGAUGGUGUGAAAUGGAUAUGCACUUAGUGGAUGUGUUACAUUUACACACCUUUCGCUGUCGCCCCCAUGGACACUGAGCUGUCCUGCUUAGAUAUCAAGGCUUAUGCGAGAUAUGCUGAGUUUCAGUAAAGCUUUAAGUUGAGCCUGCUGUACUUGUUAACAGCAGCACCAGUUAUUCAACUAAUCAGUUUUACUUGAGAUCUGGAUUAGCUGAAUUAAAUAUUUUCAUGCUUCGCUUGCACUACAGAUCAAGAAAAAUGUUAUAAAGGUAAACUUGUUCUGAUCUGCAACAGGUACCCACUUGCUGUUUGGUAAAGUAGCUAAAAUGCCUGCUCACCCUUUUAAGCUGCUUUUGGAAACUGCCAAUAGUACAAAGGUGUUAGAAUCAUCUUUGACUGGUAUGUUUUAUGAGCUUAAUGAGUGGCUGUAAUUGGCAUUGCUUGGAUAGUAAAUGCACCCUGAUCCUCAUUCUAAUAUAAAGGAUUUGAAAACAUUCACUUUUGAGGGAAUGAACAUGGGAUUUCAUUUGAUUUCAGAGGAGAGUUGAGGUAGAAGGGAGAUCUGGCUGCACUUCAGGCCAUAUCUGUCAGUGUAUGUGUUUCUACACAAACAGUCUUAACCUCUAGCAGAAGUUCACCAUCUGGCUCCACUGUUUGUUUUAUUAUGUAACAUAAUGCACUGAAGUCCAUGUUGAAUUGCAGGGACGAUUAGAACACUGAUUAUAUGAAAACUUUUCAUCUCUUCUGCCUUUUUGUGCAUGGUAACGGGCAUGAAACCCUUGGACAUGCACGCAUGGACAUGCCUCUGUGUUCGUGUCUAACAUGUAAUUAAUGUUGGGGUCACUGUCAGUUGCCUGUUGUUUUUCCUUUGUUUUUGUGACUGGAUCAGUGUACACAUACCAUCGGAGCUUUUUGCUCCUUCAGGUUUCCAUCUCUGCCAGCUUCUUUUGAAAUCGGUUUUUAAUGGACACUGUAAUUCUUGUCAGAACUGACCAUUUUUAGACAUGUUUUAUGAGCUAAGGAUUAGAGCCCAGUUGUUAUUUUAGUAGACAGAUAUUAAUUGCUAGUUGUAUAUCACAGAUAUUGUGCAUCUACUGAAGCGUACUACAGCAG